GGAAAAUUAAUUGAUAAUGCAAGGCAGCACUAUACUCAACGGACAUGUAUGGCUGUGCGAAAUCCAUUUUCUACUCAUUUCUGGGUUUUCUGUCCAUACAUAGUCUCUAUGGUCAAGAAUGUCUGCAUCCACCUACCAUCGACUUUUCUAUUCACAAGAUUUUGAAUACCCAACCGAACUUCUUAAGCUUCCUUCCGAAGACUGAGGAGAACAUGUUGCUGGACAACGUUUGUGUUACCUUCAUGCCUCUAGCGGACGAUCCCAACACUAUCAUAGAGCAUGACUCGUUUGUUUAUUGUGAUGGUUCAAACUAUGUCGAAUCCUUUAUUGUGACUUCCAUUGGAAAAGGAACAACUUUAACGGCUAACCCCAGAGUGACGUAUCUGGAUUAUUUCGUUGGAUAUGCAGGAUGUGACACAUUCAUUGGCUACAGGUGCUCUGACUUUGGAGAGUACGAAAAACCGCACACAUUUGGAGUCACCAAAAAUUGUCGUGGAAUUGGACUGUCGUGUCUACGGAAAAUCGAAGAGAUAAUCGAGAAUGCAGGACUACCCCUGGAGGAUAUGUAUGUUCUUCCUAUGAAGCUGCCCAAUAGAUGUGUAAACCAAGCAGCCUGUAUCAUUCCUCCCAACCCCUUCUACAACAAGUUGGGACCUUCAGUGGGACUGGUGUAUUGACAAUCGCUAGGAGAAUAGUACGAUGUUAUACAGCGUUCAUUUAAUGUUCUGCAAAUAGAAAAUUUGAUUUGAAUAA